GUACUAAUUGUGUCAUUAUGAUAGGCUUUAACAGGAACAGGAGUUUUACUUUUAUACCUGAAAAAUUGAAAUCAGAUCUUAAACACCAAAGGUAUGACCUUUCCACAUUCUCAUCACCUCCUCGGGUCAAUCGUUUCUGCAAUUAACCAACCCGCCAAAAACCCUAAAUCUAGAUGAAUCUCAAAUUCUCUUCCCUUCAUAUUAAUUUCAAACCCUAUCUCAACAAUCUCAAUUCAAUAUGAUCUCUUCCAGUUCCCCUGCAUACCCACCUUCCAUGUCAUCCUUUACUACUUUCUCUCCACCCCCUUCAGGUGACGGGGACUUCAAUUACGACGUCGCCUGGUAUGGUAACAUCCAGUACCUCCUCAAUAUCUCCGCUAUUGGAGCUCUAACUUGCCUUCUUAUUUUCAUCUUCGGGAAACUUCGUAGCGACCACCGUCGUAUGCCCGGUCCCACAGCCAUUGCCUCUAAACUCCUCGCUGCGUGGCACGCGACGGGCAUCGAAAUUGCCCGCCACUGUGGGGCCGACGCUGCGCAAUAUCUCCUCAUUGAGGGCGGCAGCUCGGCGCUGCUGUUAUUUAUAGCUUUUCUUGCACUUGCUGUUAUGUUGCCUUUGAAUAUUCAUGCUGGUAAGGCUCCUAUGGCUGAUCAGUUCUCGAAAACUACGAUUAAUCAUAUUGAAAAAGGUUCUCCUUUACUUUGGGUUCAUUUUCUAUUUGUUGUGAUUGUUGUUGUUUUGGUACAUUAUGGUAUUAGUGAAAUACAAAAGAGGUUGAAAAUUACUAGGCUUAGAGAUGGCUAUGGAAUUCCGAGUAGCCCUGGUGGGAAUAGCAGUGCGAUUUUUACUAUUAUGGUGCAGGGUGUACCGAAAACUUUAGGUUUUGAUAAGAGACCAUUGGUAGAGUAUUUUCAGCAGAAGUAUCCGGGAAAAGUGUAUAGAGUAGUUGUGCCUAUGGAUUUGUGUGCAUUGGAUGAUUUAGCUACAGAGUUGGUGAAGGUUCGGGAAGAUAUAUCUAAGUUAGUGUCGAGGAUUGAGUCACGGGGUUAUUUGAAUGAGGGUGAGGAAUAUGAUGAGGAUGAUAAUGAUAGUGUAAAGGCUCGAGGUUUGUUGGGGAGACUGUGCUUUAUGUGGAGAAAGGCCAAGGAUAUGUGGUAUCGUAUGAUGGAUCAGUUGGGUUUUUCAGAUGAAGAGAGGUUGAGAAAGUUGCAAGAGUUGAGAGCUGAUUUGGAGAUGGAAAUGGCAUCUUAUAAAGAAGGGCGGGCAAGAGGUGCUGGUGUAGCUUUUGUGGUGUUUAAGGAUGUCUUUACAGCUAAUAAGGCUGUCCAGGACCUCCGAAAUGAGAAGAGGAGGCGAUAUGGCCGAUUCUUUUCUGUCAUUGAGUUGCAACUGCAGAGGAACCAGUGGAAAGUAGAGAGAGCUCCUUUAGCUACUGACAUAUACUGGAACCACCUGGGAUCGACAAAGUUCUCUUUAAGGUUACGCAGAGUGUUGGUGAACACAUGCCUACUCUUGAUGCUGCUAUUCUGCAGUUCUCCACUCGCUGUGAUUAGUGCCAUUCAAAGCGCAGGGAGAAUAAUCAAUGCUGAAGCAAUGGAUCAUGCUCAGAUGUGGCUGAACUGGGUGCAGAGCUCGAGCUGGCUAGCAACAAUAAUAUAUCAAUUUUUGCCCAAUGUUCUGAUUUUUGUGAGCAUGUACAUUGUCGUCCCUUCAGUUCUUUCUUAUCUUUCGAAAUUUGAACGACAUCUUACUGUAUCUGGUGAGCAAAGGGCUGCACUACUGAAAAUGGUUUGCUUCUUUCUGGUAAAUCUGAUUCUCCUUAGGGCUCUGGUCGAGUCUACUCUUGAGGGUGCGCUCUUAAGUAUGGGUCGCUGUUAUUUGGAUGGAGAAGAUUGCAAAAAGAUCGAGCAGUACAUGAGUGCUUCCUUUUUGACAAGGUCAUGCCUUUCGUCUCUUGCAUUUUUAAUUUCAAGCAGUUUCUUGGGUAUAUCUUUUGAUUUAUUAGCUCCAAUCCCUUGGAUUAAGAAGCAGCUUCAAAAGUUUCGAAAAAAUGACAUGCUUCAGCUGGUGCCAGAAAGGAUCGAGGACUAUCCAUUGGAAAAUCAAGACAUUGAUAGUUUGGAGAGGCCUCUGAUUCAUGAAAGGAGUUCAACUGUGGUUGCUGACAACAAUGGAUUUUUAAAUGAUGCAUCUCCAAAUGAAAUUGAUUUCCCAGGACAAGAUUUGUCUGAAUACCCUCCAGUCAGCCGAACCUCACCGGUUCCAAAACCGAAGUUUGAUUUUGCGCAAUAUUAUGCCUUCAAUCUGACAAUAUUUGCCCUGACCCUGAUCUAUUGUUCGUUUGCUCCUCUGGUAGUUCCUGUUGGUGCAGUUUACUUUGGUUACAGGUAUGUGGUUGACAAGUACAACUUCCUGUUUGUAUACAGAGUGCGAGGUUUCCCUGCUGGUAAUGAUGGGAGAUUGAUGGAUACUGUAUUAUCUAUCAUGAGGUUUUGUGUUGACUUGUUCCUCCUCGCGAUGCUACUUUUCUUUUCUGUACGAGGAGACUCAACAAAACUUCAAGCCAUAUUCACACUUGGGUUGUUAGUGAUGUAUAAAAUUUUGCCCUCUGAUAAUGAUGCUUUUCAGCCAACUUUAUUACAAGGCAUACAGACUGUUGACAACAUUGUAGAAGGGCCGACUGAUUAUGAGGUGUUCUCACAACCUACGUUUGACUGGGAUACAUAUAAUUCAUGACUUGUGAAUAAAAUCAAAGAUUUGUGUUGAGAUUUGUAUAUAUGCUUAUUUGUAAUUGGAUGUGUUUCUGCAUCUAUCGAUCUCUCUUUCUCUUUUUCA